AUGACCUGCGGAGAGGUGGUGCCAGACCAGAUCUGUGCCAGCAGCAGAGCAUCAGGAGAUGGGGCAGAGCCCCGACGGGACUCCUACUCCCUCCCCUGUGCCCCGACAGGGGCUCUCGGCCAGGGGCAGGGAGAGCUGCCCCCCCAGCUCGGUGCUUACCCAUACGGGGAGAGCAACGAUGAAAUCCUCCUGACGCCCUGGAGGGAUUUUCCCGUGGAAGACGCGGACCCAUUUGCCCCCCCGGAUGAAGAGAAGUGGGAUUUUGUCCUGGUGAGCGACAUCCACCAAGUGGGCAGCGAGAAGGAGGCCAAGAGGAAGAAGUUCCUGGACGAGCUGAGCAAGAAGGGGUUCAGCAUCAAGAAAAUUGAGGACAAGAAACUAUUUUAUGGGGUCCGUGCCCCAAAACAGAUCUUCCGGAAAUAUGAGUGGCUGCUGAGGAACCCCGACAGCCGGCUGCACAACCCCGAUGCCCAUCAUGAGACACCAGUGACCACCAGGAUACGGAUCGUGAACUUCAUCCUGCAGAACACAGUAACGUCCGACCUCGAGAAGCUGCACCACCUGAUGAAGAAGAAGGUCUUCGAGGCAGCGUUUCCCCUGCACGAGAAAGAAGAGGUGAGGGAAUUCCUGAAGGAGAGAUGGGCUCGCUGGAGAGAUAUAUUUUGCCAACAGCCAAUUGAGAAGAUCAGGUGCUAUUUUGGUGAGAAGGUGGCCCUGUACUUCGCCUGGCUGGGCUGGUACACCUACCUGUUGGGAAUCGCUGCGGUGGUUGGACUGGUGGUCUUCGUGGCUGGGAUCACGGUUUUCAAUUCCAGCCAGGUGAGCAAGGAGAUCUGUGAAGCCAGCGACACCAUCAUGUGCCCGCUCUGUGACCAGAAGUGCCCCUUCUGGCUCCUCUCUGACACCUGCACCUACGCCAAGGUCACCCACAUGAUUGACAACGAGGGGACGGUUUUGUUUGCCAUGUUCAUGGCGAUCUGGGCCACGGUGUUCCUGGAGCUGUGGAAGAGGCAGAGAGCCACCGUGGUCACCAACUGGGACCUGUACAGGUGGGAUGAGGAAGAGGAGGAGCUGGCUAUGGAGCUGAUCAAUAAUUUGCAGCACGAACCCCGGCAGUACCAGCACUCCUACUUCCGCAGCACCAUCAUACUCCUCUUGGUUCUGGUGAUGAUUGUCGUGCUGAUUGGCAUUGCCCACGCGCUCGUCAUUUACCGGGUGAUAGCGACGGCUCUCUUCACCCAGAGCGACUCUGAGUUCCUCCGCGAGCAGGCCAACACGAUGGCGGUGAUGACGGGGGCCGUGUUGCACUACAUCACCAUUGUCAUCAUGACCAAGGUCAACAGGCGUGUGGCCCUCUAUCUCUGUGAACUGGAGAAACCACGGACCUUCUCCCAGCACGAGAACAACUUCACAGUGAAGAUCUUCACCUUCCAGUUCUUCACAAACUUCUCUUCACUCAUCUACAUCGCCUUUUUCCUGGGACGGAUCAACGGCCACCCAGGGAACUACGUGCGCAUUGCUGGCAAGUGGAGGCUGGAGGAGUGCCACCCCAGCGGCUGCAUCACCGACCUCUUCAUCCAGAUGGCCAUCAUCAUGAUACUCAAGCAGACCAUCAGCAAUGUGAUGGAGUAUCUCGUCCCCUGGUUAGCCUACAAGAUACGCAAGAGGCAGCGCCCCAAGAAGAGAAGCAUGAUGUUAGGAGAGGAGGAGGAGGCUGAAGACCCCUGCAAAAGGCAGUGGCUGAGCAACUAUCAGCUCGGCGAGGUCAACUUCUUCAGCCUGUUUGACGAGUUCUUGGAGAUGGUGAUCCAGUACAGCUUCACCACCAUUUUCGUUGCUGCCUUUCCCCUCGCCCCGCUGCUGGCGUUCUUCAACAACCUCUUUGAGAUCCGCCUGGAUGCCAUCAAGAUGAUGCGGCUGCGCCGGCGCAUCGUGCCCAGGAAGGCCAACGACAUCGGAAUCUGGCUGCAGGUCCUGGAGGCCAUCGGCAUCCUGGCUGUCAUCGGGAACGGACUGGUGAUCGCCAUCACGUCCGACUUCAUUCCCAUGCAGGUCUACAAGUACACGUACAGCCCCUGCAUGACGGAAAACAGCACUGGCCACGUGGCUCUGUGCGUCAAACUGAUCGCAGCCUGGUACGUCCCUGAUGUCCCCAAGUCAGUUAAGAAUCAGUUUCGGGACAGAAAACACAGCAACCUUCGUAAAGAACUGAGCAUGAUGGAGUACUCCACCGAGGUGUAG